CUUGACUGCACACAAUGGGUGACGAGUACGACAUUCCGGACGAGGAGAAGCUCGAGAUUGUUACGGGCUUUCUCCUGGACGCACCUCCUGGCGAGUUCAACGAGGUGGUCACUGACGUCCGCACCCUCCUGGGCAACGACGAUCUUCUCAACCAGAAGUUCGCCGCUACCGCUCAGGCAUACAACACCAGCCACAUGGUUGCCGUCGACCUGCCUGACGCCGACCACAAGGUGCUGCUGACCAAGUACGGUGAGAUCAGCCCGUCCGAGUAUCUUGAUCCGCGGUCGGCCCAGGUCGUGACGGUCGACCACGCUAAGCUCGAGGUGACCGGGACCGCGCCUGCGCCUGCGCCUGGCGCCAACGAGGACACCCGCGCCGCCGUCGACGCCGCCAUGGUUGCCUACGUCGCCGAGUUCUACCCCAACGGACAGGUCGCCACCUACGCCACCGAGACCGGCCUCGUCAUCUGCAUCUCGGCCGCCAAGUUCUCGCCCGGCAACUUCUGGAACGGCCGCUGGCGCUCGGUCUGGACCGUCACCAUCAACGGCGAGGACGUGACCUUUGAGGGUAAGUUCAACCUGCUUGUCCACUACUACGAGGACGGCAACGUUCAGCUCAACUCGGAGUUCACCACCUCGACCGAGGUCACCGCCGCCACUCCGGAGGAGAUUGCCGAGGCCGCUGCCGCCGAGAUCGCCCGUGAGGAGUCGUCCUACCAGAGCGCCGUCGGCGAGUCCUACGCUGUCAUGUCGGAGCGCACCUUCAAGGGCCUCCGCCGCAAGCUCCCGGUCACCCGCCACCUCAUGGACUGGGAGAAGACCGCUGGCUACAACCUGGCUCGCGAGAUGGGCUCGUGA